GCCUCGGGGGUGGGGGCGAGCGGCCGAGCCACCAAAAUAGGAGCUGCCGCAGCCUGCGGCCGCUUCCAAAGAUGGGCACGGGGCGCUGCCUGCUCCCCGGCCGCCGCUCGUGGGCCGCGGGCACCGGCCUGGCCGCCGCUCGCACGCAGCGGGCUCUGGAGCGGCGCAGCCAUGGCCCUGGCGGGGCCCGAGGGCUACGCCUACACCUUCCGCGACGCCUGCCACGCGGCGGGCGUGCUGGAGGCCUUCGGCGCCUUUUACCUGGACGGCUCCUUCACAGACGUGACGCUGCAGAGCGCGUGCGGGGCGCUCUUCCCGUGCCACCGGGCGGUCUUGGCCGCCGGCAGCGCGUACUUCAAGGCCAUGUUCACAGCCGACAUGACAGAGAAGUCGAAGCAGCAGAUCAGCCUCCCCGGGCUGGGCCGCGCGGCGCUGGAGGCCCUGCUGGACUACGCGUACACGGCCCGGGUCCGCAUCACGGCGGGCAACGUGCAGGGCCUCCUGCGGGCGGCCGACCGGCUCCAGUUCGCGGCGGUGAAGGCCGCCUGCGAGCGGUUCCUGCUCAGGCACCUGGAUGCCGCCAACUGCCUUGGGAUGCACGCCUUCGCGCAGCACCACCGCUGCCCCGAGCUGGAGAAGGAGGCGAGGAGGCUGCUCCUGUCGCGCUUCGAGGAGGUGUGGCAGCAGGAGGAAUUCGUGGACGUGAGCGAGGAGACACUCCGGUUUGUUCUCUCCAGAGACAAUCUCAAUGUCCGGAAAGCAGAGGCGGCCAUAGAGCCCGUCGUUCAGUGGGUAGCGCACGAUGUAGAAGCAAGGAUCGACUGCAUCUAUGAGCUGCUGGGCUGCAUCAAAGUGGAUUUAGAUGAAACAUACCUGAGGUCGGCCUUGAGCCUGCAAAAGAAAUGCCGGCUCAAUGGUGACAAGAUAAGGGCUCUCAUAUACAACGCCUUGAAUCCCAAACCAAAGGACACUUGCAAAAGGCCCACGGCAGUUAUGUAUGUGAUCGGAGGGUACUACUGGCACCCUUUAGCAGAAGUACGUGUCUGGGACCCUAUAACCAAUGCCUGGAUCCAGGGAACAGACAUGCCAGAUCACACGCGGGAGAGCUACGGGGUCACUAGUUUAGGACCCAACAUUUAUGUAACUGGCGGUUAUAGGACGGAGAACAUAGAAGCUCUUGAUACAGUAUGGGUAUAUAACAGUGAAACGGACGAGUGGAGAGAAGGCUGUCCUAUGCUUAAUGCCAGAUAUUAUCACUGUGCAGUUACCCUGGGGGGCUGUGUCUAUGCCCUGGGGGGUUACAGAAAAGGAGCUCCAGUACAAGAAGCAGAAUGUUAUGAUCCACUACAAAAGACAUGGGUUCCCAUUGCAAACAUGAUCAAAGGUGUUGGAAAUGCCACGGCCUGUGUCCUGAAUGAAGUCAUCUAUGUAACUGGAGGCCACUAUGGUUACAGGGGAAGUUGUACCUAUGACAAAAUUCAGAUUUACAAUUCAGGUAGCAAUGAAUGGAGCAUAGUCACCACAAGUCCACAUCCAGAAUAUGGAUUAUGUUCUGCUGCAUUACAAAACAAAAUCUAUCUUGUGGGUGGACAAACGACAAUCACUGACUCCUAUGACCCAGAAAAAAAGGAAUGGAAGCAGAUGGCUCAUACAAUGGAAAGACGGAUGGAAUGUGCUGCAGUUGUUAUGAAUGGGUGCAUCUAUGUAACGGGAGGAUAUUCCUAUUCAAAAGGAACAUAUCUACAGAGCAUUGAGAAAUAUGAUCCUGAAUGUAAUCAAUGGGAAGUAGUGGGCAAUCUGCCUAGUGCCAUGCGUUCACAUGGUUGUGUCUGUGUGUACAAUGUCUAACAGGAUCUGAUUAUUACAUUUCUGUUACAAGAAAGAAGCAUAUAGUCUCCAUACCAGUACACGUUACCUCUCAAACUAUAUAUUUUAAGAUAAGCUAAUGGUUCACAUUCAAGCCUAAAUCUGUAAAUAAACGUUUAUUUAUUUAAAGUGGCUUAGUGUAAUAUAGAUAUAUUGUCAUGCACUUUCAUGUAGGGAAUAAAUUCACUGGUCAUUCUGUAUUGUAAAAGUUUACAAAACCUUCUUAUAAAAUGUAAGAAGUAAUGUAAAAUUACUAAUGUGUAUUAAUUAACCACUAGAGGAAAAUGUAGUCUAGGUUUUGUCACAUUGCUAAUAGGCUUUAAAAUAGAAAGACGUAGCUUUUCUAUGGACUAGGGGGUUUCAAAUGAAAUGAAGGUAGUAAUGGUAAUGUUUAGUGCCACAAGCUGAUUGACUUAAGACAUUAGUUGCCUGUUUUAAAAUCCCUUAGCAAAACAGAGGAAAAAUGUGUCUUAGUGUUCUAGGAAUAGGGCAAUGCUCUACCUCUGUAGAAAGGCACUUAGGGAACAUGAGAGAUGUUACAUUUCUUCUGUAAUAACCCAUCUGAGAGAUUCAGAAAUACAUAUUGUUGAAUCCAGAUAACCCUUUUUGUAAGAAUAGUUCACAUGCAUGUUGUGCGCGGGAGGGAAGGAAGGCUUGCAGAAUUCUAGUAGCUCUCUUGUGACAUAGAUAUUUACAUUACAGCUACAAACCAGAUUUUUAUUUAAAAUAGCUCUUUCAUUACCAAGGUUUUCCAAAAGCCUUAAAUUGCAAAUUAACUGUUGGUAGUGCUGUGAGUGAAGUAAAUGCAGCAACAUUAGGAACUUGGAAAAAAGCUUGGUGUAUUUAGAAUUCAAAGCUGGCCAGGGCACUGGAUUUUAUUAAUUUAUUUUCUGAAAGCAGCAUGGGGGAUCUUUAUAUUGCCUAAGGAGUUAUCUGAAGUGGGCAGAAAGAAAUCCCAUGUUGGAAGGUAGAAUUAUUAUUUCCACAAUGCAGCAAUGCUGUGUCAGCACCAGGGAUAAGGCAGAAUCCAGGCAAGGGGGUUGAAAAGAUAUGAACUACCAAACAAGCCUUCUUCCAAGUGAAAGGUGCCCUGUCAAAUGUCUUAGGGAAUAUAUAUAUAAACAGAGAUUUCUUAAAUCGCAUUUAAUUUAUUAUGGAUUGCUGCUAGAGAGGCACUUCCUUUUUUUUUUUUUUUUAACAGUGUGCUGUUUCGUUGUGUCUACCAUGGGACAUUAAUGUGUAGCUUGUUUUUAAAUAUUACUUGUACAGCAGUUAUGGCAAUGGGCUCCUAAAGUCUUAAGCCCCCCCACUCCCCCCCCACACAUAUCCACCACAUUUUCUUCUAAAAUAGUGUCAUUUGUAUCUGUGCACCUUACAACAAGCAAAAAAACCCAAACCCACUAUCUUUUAGGAAAAAAAAUCUCUUUCUUCAGUCUUCUAAAGCCACUUUCUUACAAAAUGAAGAGUUCCUUCUCUCAGAGCUGUCAGGGAUUUAUUACUGGUAUUUGUAAGACACUUCUCUUUUUUUCUUUCCCCUUUUUGUAUAAUUCUCCCUGCUUGUUGCAUUUGUUACACAAAACUCUUUGAGUUUUGAUUCAAGACUUUGUUGCACAUAUGUUUCUGUUUUGCUGUUUGUGCAUACCUCCUUUAAAAUGUAUACAUCAUGCAUGCAGGGAGGAAAUGGAUACGCUAAAACUGAAGUUGUGCUUAUUCAACAUUCUCAGUGGAGAGGUAGGUAAUGAUCUCAAUAUAGUUUGUUUAUACCAACUAAACUCUAGAGAGACCUGAACAAUGGAAGAGUCUAGUUCUGUGGACUGUGGUCUGUGGACUGUGGUGGCUAGAUGAAUUAGCACAAAGAACAGUGAAGGGCAAAACACAGAAAAAACUUACAGAUGAAAAAAUGUCAUAUCACACUGUCUUCUUUCUUAAAUUACUUUCUUCUCUCCUUUUUUUCAAAAUUAUUCUCUAUAUUUAAAAAAGCAUAUAAAAUGAAGGAGCAAGAUCACAAAAGCAUUAAGACAAUAUGUACGUUUAUAGACUCACAAUGUCAAACAAUAAACUCAAGCAUGUACCUCACUAUAGAACAUGCUUUGGUGUAGUUUCAUAUUAAGGCAGUACUGUGAUUAAAGCACAAGACUAGCAAUCAAAAAUGCUGUUCCUUACUCUGUCACUAAUUUGCUAGCCAGGUGACCCUUGGCAAGUGUGUGAUUUUUACUGAUCUCAAAUUAACCUUCUCUGAAGCAAAUAAAGAUAACUCACUUCAGGUAUUUUGGAAAAGUAUGAGCAAAUCCACUGAACUCAAAGGGAAUUUUGCCAUUUUUAAUAGGAACAGGCCCUAAUUUUUUGUAAUUUUUUUAGGGCUAUAAAGUAUUAUACAUGCACAAAUAGUUAAUAUUAAUGUGCCAGAGCACCUUUGGGGUGCUCGCUAUGUGCCAGGGGCUGCAGUAGGCUGGGGCAGAGCCCAGCAGGGAAGGCAGCCAAGUGAAGUCCCCCCAGAUCUCAUUCUAAGGGGGGAGGUGUGUGGCGGAGCACUUUUGGGGGUGCUCACCAUUUGAGGGCUCACACAGGCUCUGAAAAGAGCCUGCUUUGGAGGAGCAGCAGAGGAAACCUUCCCUGGGUACCAUUUUAAGGGGGAAGGUGUGUGGCAAGGCACUGUUGGUGCCUUCCACUUUAAAACCUAAGCCAAGCAGCCAGCAGGUGCCUGAUUGUGGCAGUCAUUUUGGAUUCAGGGCUGCCUAUAUAAGCAGAGCAUUUUGCUCCUGGCAGAGGAGGCAGUAACAUUACUUAGUUGCAAGUCUUCAUGGAUCAUUCGGGAGGCAAGGGAGGCGCUGUAGGAGAUGGUCAGGAGGUGCCUGGUCCUGGGAAUGACCUAAAACUGCACCCUGCUGGGAGUGGGUGGCCUGGUGGUGCUCUCAGUGGUGCGGGAGACCCCAGGAAAUGCCAGGCCAGUUAUCACCCUGGUGAAAGGUGGGUCGGGGUGCCUUAACUCUAGCCCUCAUCUUUGGGUGGGUUUGUGUAACAUCGGAAGUAGUGGGGGGCCAGGCACGGCUGCGGCCACCUGAGCUCUGUGGGGGGGUGCAAGACCCUGAAGAAAUGUAGUUGGGGCCAGGCAUGGCCAGGGCCACCUGAGCCCACCGGGGAGGGAAGCCCUGUGGCCCCAAGUGAAGGGGACAGAUGAGUAGCCCCAAUGAAGCGGGGGGGGAGAACCAGAGGGCUGAGAGCCUGAUAGAUAUAGAGAGAGCACAAUGGCAUGCUGCUCUGGGGAGGGGGGAGGAAGUGAGAAUCCCCGUGAGACCCUGGAGCACCAGUCAUGGUGAGUUACCCCAGCUCCCACAACUGGGUGAGUGUUUAUACCUAGUAGGGGCCAGAAGGCAGACCCCAGAGAUAGAGUGGGGCUAGAGGCUCAGAUGCCUGAGGCAGAGUACCGUUGACUGAUCAAUGCUCGGGCCAAGACCAGAAGGGUCAAAAGGGCCAGGGGUCCACUGCGAGGGACGCUCAGAGCCAAGGGCCUGGGGUCCUAACUGGCCUGGAGGUGAGGCCAUGGCCUAUGUAGCCAAAGGUCCUGGUGGGGGGGACCAUGCCUGAGAGGAGAAAUAACUUUGGGGAGCUAGGCAGCCCAAAUGAAGGUGGAGUAGGCUGCCUGAAUGGAGGGAUCAAAGAGGGGUCCUGAUUGGAUUAUUCUGGGGCCCAGUGUGGGGUUGGUGAGAUUAACAUUGGUGGAUGCCAUCUGUGAGGCAUGGGCUGCAGUGUAGGGUAGGUACAGAGCUGCAGAUAGCGCCCCCUGGCAUCAGGGCAUGAAUGGGUAGCCUCCCGCCUUAAUUAACAUCUUAAUUAAGAACAAGGCAUGGCAGAUGAGCCAAAUGGGUGGCAUGCCCAAAGGCAAGUGGGGAACCUAGCACUGUGGCUAGGUGGGGAGCCCCACUUUGCCACAACUAAUACUAGGUGGUGCUACUUCCUAUAGUUCAUGUUUGUAACAUGUCAAUCAGAUUUUUUCUGAUUAACUCUUAAAUUAAUAUUGGGCAGAGGCACUAAUAUGAUUUCACUGACAACACAGGGUUUUGCUUCCUAUCAAAGAAGAUGCACAGUUUAUUAAAAUUUAAAGGUUAAUUACAUUUUUAAGCACCCUAUGCAAUAGAUGCAAUGCAUUUUAAUAUUAAUAAAUAGAUUAAUGUGACCAUUUAAUUUAUGAACGAAGUCUAAUUUUACUUAUUUGGGUGUGGAGGAAGCGUUGGUUAUGUGAUCAAAGUUCUUGUUUUAACAUUUUACUUUUUGAAGAGUAAAGAAUUAGAAUGACAUGAUCUAAAAUCAAAGUAGUUAUUAAGUUAGUACUGGUAUGUAUUACUGUAUUUAACUACAGUCUCAUUAAUUUUGAUAAAUGUGACACCCAUGGAUUUGGUAAUAGAGAUGUGUUUAAAACUUUUUUCUAGAAAAUGUAAAAUGUCACACUAUUUAAUAAAUUCAGUUGUAAAAUAAA